AUGUUUUCACUAUCGUUCAAAGCCCUCGGUCAAUUGUGGGCAACUCAUGCCGACGAAGAAACACCGCCCAAAUGCACCAAUACGGAAAAUCGCUGUCCUCGUGAUGCAGAAACGGCAAACGCUUCACCAGACGGAAUGCACCAACCAACCGUCUGCAAUAGCGAUAUCAGCCACAAAGAUUCAUCUUAUGAGAAAGACAACCCAGCAAUCCGCGCAAAGACCGGCCGAGACGCCCAGGAGCCGCCUCCUGUCGUUCUGGCAAUGAUACAAUGACGGAAAGUGAUAUGCUGCGGCAGAAUGAGGACAUCUGGAAAGGGAAUGGUUGCCGAUGGAAUCUCAAGAAAUGUUCUGAUGCAGCCGCAAAUGGCCAUUUGGAAGUUCUAAAAUAAAUGGUCGAAUGAGGCCCUUGGGGAACCUUGACAUUUCAUGUGUGCUGCUAGGUUUGGUCAUGUGGAGAUUCUUCAAUGGGCAGGUGCCCAUGGGCUUAUCAUACGGUACAUGUGCAGAUGCUGCAAGAAUUGCAAGAAUAGAAGUGGUCACUUUUAUAGCUAAUAUUCUCAAGUUGGCCCAUGAAAGCGGUUAUCCAUGCUCGGAUGCCAAACACUGCAUUCUUGUUGCCUCUGAAGGUGGUCAUCCAUGGAGAUCCUGAAAUAGAUUAAAGAAAGGGGUGCCCAGAACCUAGGUUGAUUUGAAAAGUCUGGAUAAUAGUUAGUUACUCUUUGUUUCUC